AUUUUGUGGGACGGAGGGAGCAGACGUUUUCUCUUUGAGUAAUAGAUAGACGUCAGGCGAAAAUCAUUCUCGUAGGAAUCAUUUUUCAGUUAUACCCGGGAUGGCGUCGGCGAUGGUGAGAUCAGGCAUCCGCUCCGCCCUACGCGGUGGUGUAUCUCCCAGAACCCAGGGUUUCAAGCGUAGCUUCGCUUCCUCCGCCCAUCUUGACGAGGCCGCCGAAGCUUCAAAGUGGGAGAAAAUUACUUACGCGGGAAUAGUUGCAUGUAGUAUACUUGCAGUUGUUACUCUCUCAAAGGGUCAUCCACACCACUAUGAGCCUCCUGCAUAUUCAUACAUGCACAUUCGCAACAAGGAGUUUCCAUGGGGUCCAGAUGGCCUUUUUGAGGUGAAGCACCAUUGAUCGUUUCCCCCAUCAUUGUGAAUAUAAGGAAUAAUUUGUUUGGAAAUUGCUUUCAAGAUUUCGUUGAAUCUUGUGCAGUAUUUGCAGUUCAAGUUUUUGUUUUCCUGGUUUUUAUGUCACUUAGCGUUGGGAAAUACGUAUAGUAGUAUUUACAUAAGAGGUUGGAAUGUAAUCUUUUCCAGCAACUUCAAAUUUCAAAACUUACUUCAAGAAAAAUACCGAAGAAAUAUUCUGACUUGAUUUGGUCAUUUGGCGUAACUUUUUUUUUUUUAAUACUUUCUGCUUUUCCAUUUAAAUUGUUGUAAUGAUCGUCAAUAAAUAAGUACUCGUAUUUAGUAAGAAACCCACCCCCCUCGGAAUCCA